GUCGCUCGUAGUGCUCGUAGUAAUCCGUGGAUGCAUCCACGUGCUUACAUAUUGAGGACAAAUGGUAGUUCACUGAGGUUUCUGCUGUUUGUUGCAUUUAGGGCACUGCCAAGAUGAAGGCUGAUGGAGCAGGCACGAAGUCAGCUUUGAAUUCUGAAGAUCCAUUAUCUGAUACAGGAAGUAGGAUGCAUGGAUUGGAAAUUGAAAGUGAUGAUGAUGAUGGUGAUGGUGAUGGUGAUAUGAGUAAUCCUGCAGAAGUCUUCAGAAUGUAUAGUCUUCAGCAUGAAGUUGCUGUAGCUAGACACAGAACUUAUAUUCUACACAUGAAUGCCAGUGUCACAUCAAAUCCAAGAGUGGCUGUUGCACUGUCUGACCAGUCAUGUGCCAUUUAUGAUGUUACUCAGCUCUCCAAAGUGGAAACGUUAUGUGGACACAAGGGAACAGUAGUGAAUGUCAGAUUCAGUCCAGGUGAUGAAAGUCUUGUAUAUUCUGCAUCUUCUGAUGGCACAAUCAAACUUUGGGAUCUAAGAAUCGGAAACCAAAGUGCUAAAGAAUUCAAAGAUGAUACAGAAGAUUCUGAAAAGUUGAAGCCACUGUCAGAUUUUGAUAUUGCUGCCGAUGGUCGUUUUAUAUGUGGUGGAACAGAGCUUAUACAUGACGAUGCAUUUCUUCUGUUCUGGGAUAUACGUUCAACAAAUCUUCUCGGUGGAUACUGGGAGUCGCACACUGAUGACAUUACACAGGUAUGUUUUCAUCCAACAAAACCAGACACACUUGCUUCAGGAUCAACUGAUGGUUUGAUGAACAUUUUUGAUAUCAGUAAAGCAUGCGAGGAGGAUGCACUUCAACUGAGUCUGAAUACAGAAUCCUCAGUGGCUAAGAUUGGUUGGUUUCCUAGGGAAAGUGGUAGUGACAUGUUGUCUUGUAUAACACACACUGAAGAUUUGCAGCUGUGGACAAGUGAUGGGGCAUACCCAUUUGUUCAGUUUUCCAGAGAGAAGAUAUGUCAUUCAAUGCAACGGAAGUUGGUUGAAAGUUGUUUUAUAGUUGAUGCACAUCAGACUAAUACACUGGGAGAGGUGUUGUUGCUAACAACCGCUGGACGAGGAGAGUGCCUCAGGACACUUGCAGUUAACAAAAAUAAACUGAAACCACUGUCAAGUCUCGCUGGUAAUAAGCAGAUUGUCCGGACAAGUUGGUAUGACAGAAAUAGUGAAUUACUUUUGACUGGAGGUGAGGGUGGGCUUCUGUCUUUAUGGAAACCAAGCACCCAUUCCGAGACUGACCUUGGUACAAAUUUGAAGGUAAACUGCUAUGAAGUUCAGACUUUAUCAACAGCGCUACUCCCCGAAGCACUUAAAUAACUGGAUUGGUUCCUUCAAUCUAUCAGUCAGCCUACAAUUUGACACUGUGUAGUCUAGCUACUGUUAGCAUCAUUAAAUAACCCACAUAAAAAUUGUUGGACCUCAUCCAUGAAAUAUGGUUAGCUAUUUUUGUGAAAACUUUGAUUAAAUUAUUUAAGUUAUGAGAAGUUCAGCUUCCACUGGCAUAUAUUGUUACAUAGUUUUCCCAGUAUUUUUGGGUCAGGAUCAUACCGAAGGCUGAAUAGUGAUGCUCAACCUCAGACUUCUACUACUAGAUAGAUGAAUAAACUUUGGAGUGUAGUUUUCUCAGUUGUGACACUGCGUGAGUUUGUGGGCAGCUGCUGGUAUUUCAGAGGAACAUGGUUCCUCUGUCAUCAGGGUUGAAGUGUGUAGGUUGAGGAAUUGGUUCAGUUUAUAACCUGGUUGUGUGGAAAGUGGUCACUGAGACCCAAGGAAUGGAGCAGGGGCCUGAUGUCAUGGUUCUUACAGUCCAGAAAUUACUGUUGUGAAAGGUUAAAAAAAUAUUGUGACAUGUCUGCUGAGAGCCGGAAUUGUGGAGCCAGCAGAAAAGGCUGUUGCUUGGGAACAGCUUUGUAAAUACAUCCAUUCCUAGGCAGUAGCUCAGUAGACAUCACUUAACUGUGGCCAUGCUUACACGCAGUAAUAGAAGAACCGUUGGAAGCAGUGUUUUCGUUGCAUUUGCCACAACUGCCAUGUCACACUGCAACUAAGCAACUGCAAGAAGCAGUGUUCUCUGUUGAGUCCGUUGUGAGGAUCAGUGGGACAGGUGAAGCAGUCUUGAGAGGCUGGAGUUAGAAAAUUAGGAAGUUGUGUGAGAUGGCUGCCAACCUGCAAGGACAUGAGUCUGGGAGCAGAGGAAUGUCCACUGCUGGAAAAUGUUACCCAGCAGCACAGUGAAGAUGGUGACCGGGAACACUAGUCUGUAUGUGAUAUUGAUUUGUAUUCACAAGUGGUUCAAGAGUCUUGAGACUUCAGUUAGCAGUUGGGAGACAGACCCAUCAGAUGUUGUUGCAGACAGUCACCCCCUGGCAAAGGUGGAGGAGCCCCCAUUGUUGUAAGCCGCUGUGUAGGAGUGCUGAGUCGAGUUGUGAGAUAGGUGCCAGCCAGUAAGGACCAGAGCCAUGAAACACAGAAGCUGAGGAAUCUGCAGCAUUGGGAGUGUUACCAGGUGACAACCGGCAAAGACACAGCAGACUGAGAAGUCUUAGUGUGUGUUGUAGUUAAUUGUAGAGUGUGAAUAAGUGGUAAUGAGUUUUAAGAAUGCAAUAAAUAUGAUUACCAAUCAAAAUCCCAUGUGUACUCACUCAUUCGUGUGAUAAUAUUUUAAUCACUUCUUUUGUAUCGUCAUUCUGAAAUCAAAUUACUCAGAGACAGUGAAAUUCAGCCUUCCUGCAAUAGACCAUUUUCUUUACAUUUGUAUUCCCAGAGUCCUCCAUCCAUCCUCAUUUUAAUUUAUUUGCAUGUCUGAUGAAUUUCUUAGGUUGACGAUUGAUUCAGCUCUUCCAAAAGAUGUGACUGCAUAGGUUGCUAUACCAACAGUAAUAAAAAUGACUUCAUGAAAAAUUUCUUCUCUGUA